AUGGCCAUUGAGAAAUUAAUUAAACAAGGUGACGAGGCAAUUAAGUCAAAGGAUUUUCUAGGGGCCAUCCAGCUGUUCUCUCAAGCAAUCAAGGAAAACCCGCAAGCGUUUCAAGCAUUUCUCAAACGUUCAGUAGCAUAUCAAAAGUUGAAAAAUUUAGACCAAGCUAAAGGAGAUAUCUCUACAGCAUUUACAAUUGCAAAUUACAGAGGGAGAAGAGCAGAUAUUGGCUUGUGUUAUUUCAAGUUGGCAUUGGUAUAUUAUCAGGAAAAGAAAUUGAAGAUGGCUUUAUCACAAUUUAAAAAGGCUCAAGAGUAUGAUUGUAAAGAAUCAACGAUUGAGUUUUGGAAGAAUAAAUGUGAGUUUGAUUUGAAGAAUCAUCCAGAAUGGGAUGUUGAGGAAAGUGAUGAUGAUGACGUAUUCCAAACUGAUGAUCAGGAUAUAGUUGAGGAGGAAAAGAAGGAUGUACCAAAGAUUGAAGAGUUGGGAGUUGAUGAUGAUGAGGAGAAGCAGAAGCCAAAGGAACAGCCGAAAAUCGAAGCAAAGAGCUCAACGAAUGUGGAUGUCAUCAACAAAAUUGCACCAUUGAAUGUAAAGAUUAGGGAUGAUUGGUAUCAAAGCAACGAGGAGAUUAUCAUUACGAUUUAUGCUAAAAACGUCAAGGAAAACAAGUUAGAUGUCCACUUUGAGGAAAACUCUGUAUCUAUCUCAUUCCCAGGUGCAAAUGGAUCUGAAUACAAUUACAAUCUAGAUCCUUUGUAUGCUGAAAUCGACGUUGCGGAAUCGAAAUACAAACUCUACUCAACCAAAUUGGAAAUCACCUUGAAAAAGAAGACACCGAGUAAAUGGCCAUCUUUGGAAAAAGAACACGGCAGCACCACUCAAGAAGAAGCCGACACAACUGCAUAUCCAACCAGUUCCAAAAAGAAAAUCAAUUGGAAUAAUUUUAAAGUUGAUGAUGAUAAAGAUGGAGAACAAAAGGAUUUCUUCCAAACUUUGUUUAAAGAUAUGGAUGAAGAUUCAAGACGUGCAAUGAUGAAGUCGUAUGUGCAAAGUAAUGGUACAGUGUUGACUACUAAUUGGGAAGAAGCUCGUAAUAAGGAAUUUGAGACUUCACCACCCGAGGGAAUGGAAGCUAAGAAAUGGGGUGUAUAA